CUUUUGUUGAAUAUGGAACCACUUGAAGCGCACUGUAACUCGAAUAGGAUAACGCGUCUCGGACGCGUUUGCCUCGGCGAUUCGGAGAAACUGACAAUGCCGCCCGCUGCCGAAGAUAGCCGAUGACGUUGAACCGUCGGUCGGGCCCAACAUGUGAAGAUCUAUACGACUGGCCGUAAUCUUCCUCCUUCUCUAAUUACUCCGCAACCUAAGUGAUUUUCUGCGAUUGCAAAUAUGUUCGCUGCUUCUCUUCGUUCUGUCACUCGCAAUGGCCCUUCGGCGGCCCGCAGCUUCAGCUCGACCGCUGCUACGAGCGCUGCCGAGGUUAAAUCGCUGGGUGUGAUCGGUGCUGGCCAGAUGGGUCUGGGAAUUGCUCUCGUUGCCGCACAGAAGGCUGGAGUUCCAGUUACUCUCGUCGAUACGUCACAAGCCUCGUUGGACAAGGGCCUCAAGUUCGCUGACAAGCUUCUCGAGAAGGAUGUCGCCAAGCAGCGCAUCACCCGAGAAGCUGCCGAUGCAGCUCGUGCCUUGCUUACCCCCACCGUGAAGAUGGAGGACCUUUCCUCGGUAGACUUUGUCAUUGAGGCCGUCCCCGAGAUUCCCGAUCUCAAGCAAUCCAUCUUCAAGAACCUCGCCCAGAUUGCGCCCAAGCACGCUAUCUUGGCCACUAACACCUCGUCUAUCCCUAUCACCAAGAUUGCCGCGGCCACCACCUCAGACCCAACGGACCUGCAGGCUCCAUCUCGGGUGAUCUCGACCCACUUCAUGAACCCUGUCCCCAUUCAAAAGGGUGUGGAGAUUAUCCGGGGCCUGCAGACCUCUCAAGAGACUAUGGACACUGCCAUUGCUUUUGUCGAGCGCAUGGGCAAGGUGGCCUCGGUGUCCGCCGACUCUCCUGGCUUCCUGGCCAACCGCAUUCUCAUGCCGUACAUCAACGAGGCUGUCAUCUGCCUCGAGACCGGCGUCGGUGGCCGUGAUGAUAUUGACAACAUCAUGAAGAAUGGUACCAACGUUCCUAUGGGUCCCCUGACCUUGGCGGACUUCAUUGGCCUCGACACCUGUCUGGCUAUCAUGAAUGUUCUCCACCAGGAGACUGGUGACAGCAAGUACAGACCCGCUGGCCUCCUCCGUCGCAUGGUGGAUGCCGGCUGGAUGGGCAAGAAGACCGGCAAGGGCUUCUACGAUUAUUGAGUCUCGCUCUGUGUCCGCCUCCUUCCACGGUAUGGUUUCUUAACGACGUAAAAUCAAUCUUUUUUUUGUUCCUCUACGAGAUACCUUCUGUAUGCUACUAUUCUUAGGUUCGUAUUUAGAACGUGAUCACUACAUGAAAUACAAGAGGACAUAUUCUUCCAAUUACG